GGAAUGAAUAUGAAAGUUUACCGACAAAUGGAAGAAAUUGUGAUAUUUGUUAUUGUUGAUAUGAUGAGAUAGACUUUUCAUUGCUUUAACAAUGAUACUAUUCAUAAUUUAGCAUAAAACUUUAAGGAUAUAUAUAUAUAUAUAUACAUAGUGAGACAAGAGUACACAAUUACCCUAAAUAUAGACACAUGAAGUUAUUUUCCCUUCUUUUACAAAUACCUCUCACAAUAAUAUGCAUAUCAUUAUAUAAACAAAUAGAGGUACACAAUUUUACACCAAUCCUAUUAAAUGAUUAUUAUAAUUACCACAAAAGAUAGAUUUCACGUUCCUUCUGUUUAACACUUCUUCCUUUAAUAAAUCCUCCCUAUAAACACAAACACACACACACGCACAAACACACACACAUGUUUAUCAACUAGGAAACAUUACAAUUUAUUAUUGUACGAUUCAAAUCAAUUUACUAUUGAUAAAUCUAAAUGAACAAUUGAGAAUGCUUAAAAAUACAAUAGAUUAUCAUCAAUCUUUAAAUCAUCAUCAUCAUCAUCCUCAUGAUCAUCAUCCAUCAUUGCAUAAAUCAUUACCAUUAAUAUCAUCAAUAUCAAGACCAUCAACAUUGAAUACUUCUUCGAAAUAUUCAAUAAAAUAUGGUCAUUUAUAUAAAUUAUCAAAUAAAUUUAAAUUAAAUCGUAUUAAAGAUAUUUCAUUAUCAUCAAAUAGAUUAACAAAUAAACGUAAAUUAAUUACAAAUUAUACACAUAAAUCAAUGAAACAAAAACGUUUCACUAUGUAUCCAUCAUUAUCUAUUUCAUCAUCUAUAUCUAAAUCAUCACAAUAUUCAUCUGGAUCAUUCAUAGAUAAUUGUUCAAUUGAAAACAACAAUGAUAAUAGUAAUUAUUCAACAGUAUUAGAAGAUCUAGAUAAACAACAUGGAUUAUUAUGUAAAUCUUUAUAUAAUCAUCUCUCUUCUAAUUCAUCCACUUGUAAGAUGAUCAUAGAUGAAUGUGACAAUAAUGAUAAAUUAACAAAUGAUCUAAAUCAUUUAACAAAUGAUCAAAAUUCAUUGAUGAAAUUAUCUGGUAAAGCAUCAGCAUUUUCAAUUGAAUCGAUCAUUUCAAAAAAUCAGAAACAAAUUCUAAAUUCUAAUGGAAUUAUUCAUUAUGGUGAUGAUGAUGAUGAUGAUGAUGCAAUCAAUAAUGAUCAAGAUUUUUCAAUGUCACAAGUUUCUUUAUUAUCAACAAAGAAAUAUAUCAAUGAUCACAAAAAUAUAAUCAAUUCUGAUCGAUUGGAAAAUCAUUCAUUAUCAUAUUUAUCUAGUCCAAUAUCAAAUGAUUCUUCAAAAAGCCCUCAUCACUCAUUACAAUCAAGUGUAAAUCGACAAUCUUAUAUGAAUGAAAACGAGUUUAAGGAAAAAACAGUAAAGAAAUCCAAUCUGAAUGAAGAAUUUCAACUAUCUAAUGAAUUGAAUACAACGAUCAAUGACCUUGACGAUGCUACUGAUGAUGACGGUGGGGAAGUAUUAAAUAAUAUUCAUUGUCUUUCAUCUGUAACACCAUUAAAUCUUUCCAUAGACAAUAAAUUUAUCAAUAGAAAUAAUGAUAACUGUACAUUUGAUUUAAUCAAACCUACUGUAAAUUUGUCAUUUCCUUUCCAGUAUUCUAGUUACUAUGAUAAUUGUAAUCCAAUAACUAAUAUGAAUAUGCAUAAAUCUGAGAGUCAUAUCAACGACAAUUCAAUUAAUACUGGAAUAACAGUAACAACAACAAACUGUAUCUAUAAUAAUGAUAAUAAUAAUAAUAAUCAUUAUCAUAUUAAAGAGAAUGAUGUAAUGAAUAAUCGGAAGACUCAACAAUAUUCCACUCGAUUUCAUAUCAUGAAUAAUUCAAACAACAACAAUAAUAAUAAUGAGAAGAAAUCUAAAAUGGAUCAACAAAUUGAUGUUGAAUCAAAUUCAACAGAAUGUAUUCGUAAUGCUACAACAACAACUACUACUAUCACUAAUUCAUCUGGGAAAUCUAGACGAUCAAAAUGUCCGAAAUCAUUGAAAUACACACGACUUAAUUGUUUAAAUCAAUCGAGUAAUACAUCCAGAUCAGAGGAAUUACAUUUAUCCAAUACUCAUUUAACAACAAAAUGGUCAAUUGAUGACAAACAACAAAGAAAUCAAAAAAUAAAAAUAUUAGAAAAUGAUAAACUUGCACAAAUUAAAUGUCGUUUAGAAACUAAAGAGUUAUGGGAGAAAUUCAAUGAAUUAGGCACUGAAAUGAUCAUUACAAAAUCUGGCCGACGAAUGUUCCCAGUAAUUCGUGCAUCAUUCAGUGGAUUAGAAUCGGAAGCAAAAUAUUUAGUUUUAAUGGAUAUUAUUCCAGUUGAUUGUAAACGAUAUCGUUAUGCAUAUCAUCGAUCAAGUUGGUUAGUAGCUGGUAAAGCAGAUCCAGAAUUACGUUUAAGACAUUAUGUACAUCCAGAUUCACCAUUUACUGGUGAACAAUUAAUGCGACAAACAGUAUCAUUUGAAAAAUUAAAAUUAACCAAUAAUGUAUUAGAUAGACAAGGUUAUAUUAUUUUAAAUUCAAUGCAUAAAUAUCAACCGAGAGUACAUUUAAUUCAAUUAUCAACUAAUCAUAACGACAAUAGUAAUAAUCAAUUCAUCAUUAAUUCAUUAUUAACAACUUCAUUACCUAAAUCAUUAGAUAUAUUACCAACUGAAAAUAUUAAAACAUUCACAUUUCCAGAAACUAUUUUCAUUGCUGUUACUGCUUAUCAAAAUCAAUUAAUAACGAAACUGAAAAUUGACUGUAAUCCAUUCGCUAAAGGAUUUCGUGAUUCAUCUCGCCUCACAGAAUUUGAAAGAGAAUCUAUGGAAACAUUACUAGCACAACAAGCUGUAGCAGGUUCAAUGGUUACUGGUAUACCACCACAUAUAUUUAGUUUACAACCAUCAACAGCAUCAACACAAAUAGUCCAUGGAAAUGCAAAUCAUCCAUGUAAACAAAUGUCUAAAAAAGGCUUUUUACAUGAUAUUGAUCAAUAUAAAUCAAUAAAUAGUGAUUCUAAUUUAUGUAAAAUAUCAACUGGAUCAGUAUUUACAUCUAAACUAACAACAACAACAGCAACAGCAUCAACCACCACCACUACAACAACAACUAAACCAUCAAUAUUACCAAUACCAACAAUAUCCAAUAUACUUAAUUCAUCAAUACAAUAUACUUCUAAAUCAAUAAAUUCACAUUAUACUAAUCAAGGAACUCAAUUAAUUAGUACAAUAAAUGCUGAACAAGAUUAUAAAAAUCAAUCAUUUCAAUCCAUUUUAGAUAUAAGUAAACCAACUAUUCUUUCAUCAUCACAAUCUAACGAUAAUCAAUUCAUUGAUCCAAAUAGAUUAUCAUUAUUAUGGAACCAAAAAUUUAUUGAAAAUACUUUUAUAGCCUAUUUUAAUCAAAUUUUAUAUGAAUCUAAUAUGAAUCAAUUAGAUCAUCAAAAUAUAGAAUAUUUUAAACCAUCUAUAUCAUCAUCAUCAUCUUUAUCAUCGUUAUCAUCCUCCUGCUUCCCCUGCUCCUUACCCUCCUCAUCCUCAUCAUGUACAUCAUCACAAUUAUCAUCAUUAUUACAUAAUCUUUAUCCAUUAAUUAAUAAUAAAUUAAAUCAAGCACAUUCUAAUUUAAAUCUUCCACAAGAUACUUUUAAUGUAUCCACAAUCAAUGUAGAUAAUAAUAAUAAUCAUGGAAAUGAUCCAUAUUCAAUAAAUAAUCCAUUCAUUAAUCAAUUAACCAAUGAUUCUUCACUUUUAUUACAAUCAUAUCAACAAUUUUUAAAAAAUACUUUACAUUUAAAUGGAUCAUUAUUUAAUCCAUUCAAUAAUGAUAAGAAACAAUGUAAUUUGAUAAAACCAAUUGACGGAGAUAAUUGUACUGUUGUUAAUAAUAAUAAUAAUACUACUAAUAAUAAUGAUAACAGUAGUAGCGGUAAUAGUAAUAAUAGUAGUGGUAAAAUUAAUAGUAAAGAAUUAACGUCACAAUCAACACCAUUAACAACUGAUUGGACAAAAUGGACAAGUUUCAAUGUAUUAAAUACAUUAAAUCAUAUAUGGAAAUCACAAUGGAAUACAAUGAAAUUAGAUGAAUCUAAUCUAAAUGAAAAUAAUCCAAUCAAUAAACAAGAUUUAAAUGAAUCAAUUAAACAUAAUCAUAAUCAUGAUUAUACUACUUAUAAUGAUACCAUGGAUACUACUGAUUAUCAACAGAUAAGUAUAUUAGAAAAUUUAAAAAAAUUUAAAUUCAUGAAUUCUAAUCAUUGGAUGAAUAAAGAUCAUUCUCCUAGAAACAAUCAUUUAUGUAAUUCUAAUGAGACAGAGGAGAUAAUUAAACCAUUAACAGAUUCCAUAACAUCUAUUAUAUAA